CAGCAGCAUGCUUAAGCUGCAGUCGACACUGGAAGAGGUUCCGGAGAAGCCUGAAACCGGACCGGACGAAGCAGACCCCCCGAAGUCGACCGAGGAGAGCCAGCUGGACGCAAUCAUAAUUGAGAUCGGCCAGUUCGGUCGCUUCCAAAUUUUCAACUACCUGCUACUCUGUCUGCCCAUCAUCUGCAACGCCUUCUAUUCCAUUUCCUACGUGUUCACUGCCAGCGAUGUGCUCCACAGAUGCAACAUUAUUCAGUGCGAUAGCUUGGACACCAGUUAUGAGGCUCCCUUCCUCAACUUCACCACUCCCCAACGCCACGGCAUCUGGGAUGAAUGCGAGCACUACGCUAUGAGAUCGGAUCAGGUUGGAUCAGCUUGUAGAGCCAGCAGCUUCCAUGUGGGUCAACGGGUCAACUGCGAAGCGGGCUUCAAGCUGAAAAACGAUGAAAAAACUAUUGCCAGUGAGUUUGGAAUAUUCUGCGGUGAUCAAUGGAAGCUUUCUAUGGUGGGAACAGUCAACAACAUUGGACAGUUUAUUGGCAUACCUCUAGGCGGUUACUUGGCUGAUCGAUAUGGGCGGAAAUUCAUAUUGGUCAUCGCUGGAAUCCUUAGCGGCUUCGCAGGACUGGCCCGCUCUUAUGCGCCUGAUUACUAUAGCUUCUUGAGCCUGGAAUUUCUGGAUAUGGCCGUAGGCAGUACCCUCUUCCCCACAGCUUUCCUUCUGGCUGUGGAGCUGGUUGGCCCAAAACACCGCGUGGUGGCCGCCACCGUGGUCAGCCUGACCUAUGGCCUGGCAGAGGCCUUUAUGGGCUAUCUGGCCAACUAUUUGCGCGACUGGCGUAGCUUUCUAAGAAUGCUCUACACUCCCGCACUGCUGCACCUGACCUUUAUCUAUCUGUUGCCGGAGAGCGUGCGGUGGCUGCUAAGCCAGUCAAAGGAGAUGGAAGCCAAGUCCACGUUGCGGAGGGUGGCUCAGGUUAACCGGAAGGUUCUGCCAGAGUCCCAGCUUAAUGAUCUGAUUCGCUCAAACCGCCAAUUGGUUGCCCAGUCUGCCGCAGCCGGGGGCCACUACAGCAUCCGCCAGAUCUUCAAGGCACUGGGCUCUCGGACAGCACUGUGCUGUUUUGUGUGGUUCACCCAUACCCUCAUCGCCCUGGGCCUGAGCCUACAUUCCGCCCAGCUAAGUGGGAACAAGUUCGAAAACUUCAGCAUGACGGGGUUCAUGCAGCUGCCGGGCAUUCUGAUGGCCACCACUCUCAUGAACUGGAUAGGACGCCGCUGGGCGCUCAGCUCCUGCCAAUUUACUUGUGCAGCCCUACUCCUGGCAGUGGCUGCCACGGAUGGCGGAUACCCUCUGACGUCUUCGAUUCUUUACUAUCUGGCAAAAAUGGUGUCCACGGGAAGCUUCAUGAUCCUCUACUUUUUCACCUCCGAGAUCUUUCCCACAAACUGUAGGAACAGCAUGCUCUCCUUCUGCUCCAGUGUCGGUCGCUUUGGCUCUAUGCUGGCACCCCAAACCACUCUUCUGAUUGUUUACUAUCGGUAUGCACCUCAUUUGCUGUUUGCCCUAUUCGGGUUCACCUGUUCGGGUCUGGCAUUGUUCUUCCCGGAGACAACCAAAAAGGUGCUGCCCACCACGCUGGCAGAAGCACGAGCUCUGGACAAGAGUAUACCUAAGGAAAAAGUAUCUAAAAGUGCUGCCUAACCAAAAUUGAGGCAUUAUCGCGACACAAGUAUCGGAGCGAUCGGAGACACAGGAGCGUGUGAUUUUUGAUGACCAACGAACUUGCAAGUCAAGAUUGGGCAAUAAACAAUUUUGAAAUUUAAGAAGUCAGUGGACACUUAGAUGGUAAUCUUAGUUUUGGUGAAAUAUAUAUUACCGUUGGAAUUGUA